AUGCCUCCGAAGUCUGGUAAGAAGGUCGCUCCGGCCCCUUUCCCCCAGGGGAAGGCUGGCUCCAAGAAGGCCCCCAAGAACCCUCUCAUUGAGAAGCGGCCGCGCAACUUCGGCAUUGGCCAGGACAUCCAGCCCAAGCGUAACCUGUCGCGCAUGGUGAAGUGGCCGGAGUAUGUCCGCCUUCAGCGCCAGAAGAAGAUUCUCAACAUGCGCCUGAAGGUGCCUCCUGCGAUCGCCCAGUUCCAGCAUGUCCUCGACAAGAACACGGCGGCCCAGGCCUUCAAGCUCCUCAACAAGUACCGCCCGGAAACCAAGCAGGAGAAGAAGGAGCGUCUUCUCAAGGAGGCGACGGCCAUCAAGGAAGGCAAGAAGAAGGAAGACGUCAGCAAGAAGCCCUACGUCGUCAAGUACGGUCUUAACCACGUUGUCGGCCUCAUUGAGAACAAGAAGGCGUCUCUCGUUCUUAUCCCCAACGAUGUCGACCCCAUUGAGCUCGUCAUCUUCCUGCCGGCUCUCUGCCGCAAGAUGGGCGUGCCCUACGCCAUCAUCAAGGGCAAGGCCAGACUUGGAACGGUCGUGCACAAGAAGACUGCUGCUGUUCUCGCCCUCACUGAGGUCCGCUCCGAGGACAAGAACGAGCUGUCCAAGCUCAUCUCGGCCAUCAAGGAAGGCUACCUUGAGAAGAACGAGGAUGCCCGCAAGAAGUGGGGUGGUGGUAUUAUGGGUGCCAAGGCUCAGAAGCGCAUCGAGAAGCGCAAGAAGGCGCUCGAGACAGCCAUCAAGGUUUAA